AUGCUGUCACUCAUACGACCGUCUUCGUCCCUCUGCUUACACCAGCUAACCGACUCCUCCUCGACAACCGUACCCGGUGCCCCAGCCUCGGAUUCAUUCCAAACCGCGUCCUCUCUCCACAACGAAAAGAAGAAGGCCUCCAAGUCCUCCUCGGUCGCCAGCACAUCCACAAAGGCCUCCUUCCUCACUUCUCCCACCCCUACCCAGCUCAACAACACCUCUAGCUACAAAGACAUCGUCGCCCAAUUCACCGCCAAAGCUCCUCAGCCAUAUGGAGUGAUCCCCCCUCGACGCAAACGGGCCUCCGGCACUGGUCUCGUUCGCUCCUCCUCCACCUCUGCCCUUACCGUCUCCUCCACCAAAAAGUCCAAAAACAACAACUCUGGCUCCUUACCCCCUUCCCCCACAGAGACCGUUGGCAACUCGGUCGAGCUCUUGCCCACUCAACUCUCAUCAAAGCCAAAGUCUUUCCUGAACAACAACAACAACUCAAACACGCAAAGCGACAACACUUCAACUGACAGUUGCGACGGACGGCAAACCCAGAUAAUUCAGCCAUUGUUCCUUUCCCUCCAGUCUUUCCUUCCCGAAUCCACUUCGUCCUCCACUCGCCUUGGAUUCUGGGCUAACCUCAAGGCUCACUACCUUGCUGCCAUGGCCACCAGCAUCUCCUGGCCUGGCUCUGGUUCUGGAAACGACGAUGCCAGGUCAAACAAUGGCUCCAACCAGGCUGACGACGCAUUCUCGCCCCCAAUCGCACUCCGUCUCUCCAACAGCACACCUGUGGCCGCUGUGGACGCAACUGCACCCCAGUCCGCCUCCUUGACUUUGACAGACAUGCUCCUCUCCUUACCCAAUGUGGCUGCCCCUUCGACCCAUGCCUACCGUGGAUCAAUGAACUAUCCCGUCUCCGUUGCGGCGAUGGACAAGUUCAAGCCCAUUCGAUCGGACACGAUUCCACUCAAGACCUUCACCUAUCACGAAACACCCGUUAUUGAACGACUUCCCGUCCUGACGCACAUUGUCAAGUCCCCCUUUCGCAAGACUAAAGAGUCCACUCCUUCCACAACCGCUGGUAGUCUCUCUCCUCCGUCGCCCUCAUCCCUUCCCGUGACAAAGAACGCUAAGAGCGGCAAUACCGGCAAAGAAAACAGCAGGACUCAGGACUCUUCGUUACUGCCCCCUCUCCCGCGGCAUCUGGCAGCUCGUGAAACGCGUUCCAAUGCAGCCUACUUGCGGAUGAUGGCAGCCGAGUUGAGAAUGAUUCGUGCCCGCAAGCUGAUCUCGCCUCUCAAGCCUAGAGGGUACCUUCCCAGAAGAAAGGAACCAUUCCAAGCAGCGAAAUCGUCUCUUUCCACCUGCAUCGAGAUGGCCAGCGUGGAAGAGGAUCAUCCCCUGAGCAACCUGACCUUUGGCUCCUUCUCCUCCGUCUGCUCAACCGACUCCUUCCUCUCCACCUCUUCAGCAGGAUACCUCACCGCCAGCGAGGACUUUUACUGA